AUGUCACGUCUUCCAUAUCAAUCACCUUCAAGACAACCACUUCUUCAAGGAGGAGGUGGAAAUUAUCGUCAAUCUCCUCCUAUUCCUCAAGAUUUUUACGCGUCUAAUGUUCCUCAAGCUCAAGGCAUUCCUAUGAAAGUUGGCCGUUGCCCUAGCGAUACGUUAGCCAAAACCAACUAUCUUUUCGUUUCUCCCAAAGAUUUUGAUCCAGCGGUCCGUCACGUUCUAGUAAACGGUCAAUUCGUCUUUAGCAUCAAACCCGAUGAGGGCGUACCUCCCCGCCAAAUUGGAACUACAUUAUUUCAUAGACGCUGGGCUUCCCUAUCGCUAAACGAAGAUAUAAUUGUAACCCCAUACAGACCUGAAGGGGCAAACAUUUAUCUCGGAAAAAUAGACUUAGAAGUCGGUUUUUUGAGAAAAGUCGAGAACAAAGAAUUAUUCGAUACUGAGGAAAUGUCAAGAAUAUUUAUCCAGGUAUUAGUGUUUGAUUUUCAUGGUAAUAAUUUACAAGUUGUGGUGAGAAGUGUUCAUGUUGUUGAUUUUGUCGCCAUGGAAAAAGG